AUGAUCGGGAAUAUAAAAUCCUUCGUUCGCAGAAAACUUGGGUUGGAAGCCGAAGAAACCACCGAAGCACCUCCUCAAAACUUGGAAGAAGUUAUUGCUAAGUUGCCUGCAUCUUUCCAAGCUUAUAUCAAUGAAGAAUUGGUAUAUCGACGAAUGGCUGCUAUCGUUUUCAUCCUCCUCGUAGUGCUGUUGGGAUUGCCAUUGUGGUAUUACACGACAGCAUCAGAGCGAUUUCCCUUCGCUACAUUCCCGAAAAACCAAAAGAUUGUCUUCGACAUCAAAGUUUCAACAGCUUGUACUGAUCAGCGAUUAUGUGAUGAGUUGGCCUCUUUCGAUCCUAUAGUUAUCCAGAAAUUGAGUGAAGCUGAGGUUGUAGAUCCUCUCCAAAUCAAAUGGUCGAUUGAAAGCAGAGGAAAGAGAACUUUGGAGAGCACCGCAAAUGAAAAAAAGUCUACGUUCGGAUCUUCCUUGGAAGUGAAAGUUUUGACAAUACCUUCGAAAGACUGGCCUUUCUUCUCAGCUACCAAUGUACAUAUGUCAAAAGGUGAAUGGGCAUAUUUUCAAUGGAAAGAGGAAGAAGCAAAUGAGAAGCGCAUUGAACGCCUUUGUGAACUCAUUCGUGAGGUCUUAGUUGAUGUUCCACAUUUGAAUGUUAUUGUUAGAAGAGAUUUAAGACAACGAAUGGAACCUUGGCAAAUAGCUACUCUACCAUUAUCUCAUCAGAAACGACUAGUCUGGGAUUCUGCUCCUUUAGCCAUGAAUUAUAUCGUUCAAAUUAUGCAUAUUCACGAUAACGCUAAACCAACUGAGCAUGAGAUUAACAAGACUGAACUUGUUGUUCGUAAGUUGGCUCAAAAGCUGAGAGAAAUCACAACGAUUGAAGUGACUUCUGAGCAUUUGUGGGAUUUCUCUAUUUCCUCGUUUUUGGAGAAAGAUGUUCAGGAUCGCUGGACUCUUUCAAAUUCGAAUAUGGAGAGAGUGAUCAAAGAGGUUGACGCUUAUUCUCAAUCGGUUGAAUCAGACUAUCCGCUUUUGAAGAUUGUAAUUCUAGAGUCAUUAGAACCAAUUGUCAUGCUAGAUUAUUAUAAUGAGGAUAGUAGAGGAGCAGCUAUAGCUUCCUGGGGAGCUGUCGUUCCAAGAACUGAGCAUACAGAAAGCCGUAUUUUAGCAUCGAUGCGUGUACUUUUGGGUGUCGAUGCUGAAUUAGGUAUAGGAUGGACCAGAGAAUCUGUUCCUCUAGCUUUCUGGGAGCUAAAUCGUAUGAGACUAAGAGCAACGUUGGAUAACGCUAUGAAAGGAAUUAGUGCAGUAGCUACUUUGAAGGUGCUUGAACAAGAAAUCACUACUAUUGUGAUCAACGAAGAAGUAGCUUCCAAAGCUAACAAAGCAGUAGAUUAUAUAAAAAAAGGAUUAGCUCUUUCAGAUUCUCCUGAUUUAGCAUUCAUAAAGAAAGGCCGGCUGCUAGCUGAUCAAGCGAUCUCUCAUCCUUCACUUCUGUCUAUUCUGUAUUUCCCUCAAGAUCAAACAUUCGCAGUACAAACGUGUGCAUGGAUGGGUGCGUGGUGUUCGAGUAACAAAUCGUCCAACUAUGGUGGUGGUAGGAUGGCAUUUGAUCCUGACGAAAAGUGGUCAAAUCUCUAUAGAGAAAGAGAAAAAAACCAUCUCUACAAAUGGGUUGGAGUUCGCAAAGAUGGCGAGCUCAUAAGCACAUACGAAAAAGAUUCGGAAGAAGGAGUGUUGAAGUUUUCAGAAGAGAAAAUGCCUUCUAUGCUUUAUGAUGAUGGUCUCAAAGGUGGUCAUCUGAUAAAAUAUAACGAAUACUUGAAAUGGCGUAAAGCUCUGAAUAUGCAAUUGGGUCUGUCGGAUGACGGAUUAGAUAUGUGCCAAUCAAAGUUUGUAGAGCAUCGAGCUUUAUGGAAAAUGAAUAAAAGAGGAAUAGAUGGAGAGAAUAUUGUUCAUUUGUUACUUAAUAGGGAUCAAUUAGUUUGCCAUGAAAUUGCUAGAAUUCUUCUUCGUCGAUAUCCAGCUUUGGCCAAUGAUAUCUAUCUCGGAGAUCAAAAAUUCGGACAAUCAGCUCUGCAUCUUUCAAUUGUUCACGAUGAUUACGAGACUAUUCAGCUGCUUCUCAGUUGUGGGGCUGAUGUAAAUGCUAGAGCUUGUGGAAGCUUCUUCUUGCCUGAAGAUUACAAAAAUCAUCAGAAGAUAAUUGAUUACCAAGGUUACGCUUACUAUGGAGAGUAUCCUCUAGCUUUCGCUGCCUGUUUUGGUAAUAAGGAUAUUUAUGAUUUGCUCAUUCAAAAUGGAGCUGAUCCGAACAAGCAAGAUUUCUUCGGGAACACUGUACUUCACAUGUGUGUUAUCAACUACAGCAGCUCGAUGUAUUCUUAUGCGGUGAGGCAUUGGGCAAAACCAGCUGAUCCAAAUAUAGUGAAUGAAGCCGGAUACACUCCUUUGACGUUGGCAACAAAACUGGGUAGAAAAAACAUUUUUGAAGAAAUGUUAGAGUUAAUGAAAGUUGAGUUUUGGCGGUUCUCUGAUAUGACAUGUUCAGCAUAUCCAUUAACUACAUUGGAUACCAUCCGACCAGACGGAACAACAAAUUACGAUUCUGCUCUCAUGACAGUAAUCAAUGGAAGUACCCCAGAACACUUGGAUAUGAUUGGUAGCGAGGUGAUACAGCGUUUGUUGGCAGAUAAAUGGAAGGCUUUUGCAAUGAGAAAACUCAUUGAACGUCUAGUCUUGCUCGUGAUUCAAUUAAUCACUUUAUCAGUCGUUGUGUAUAUAAGACCUACAGAAAGUAAACGACUAUAUAUGGAGGAACCGGAAUGGGAUGACUAUGUUCGAACUGUUGCUGAGGUUCUUACAAUUCUGAAUUGUCUUUUCUUUGUGUUUGUCCAGCAGAUUACAGAGUUUCGUUCACAUGGGUUGCAUGGAUACCUUAGGAAUUUGAGCACAGCGCCAGCCAAAGCAGUUUACUGUGUGGCCAACCUUUGCAUAUUAGCUUGUAUACCAUUUAGAUUUUUGCGUUUACAUGAAUAUGAGGAAGCUCUGUUCGUAUUCGCAUUACCUGGCUCAUGGAUUUUUCUUCUUUUCUUCGCUCGAAGUGCCAAACUCACUGGUCCAUUUGUACAAAUGAUUUAUAGUAUGAUUGCGGGAGAUAUGAUCCGUUUUGCAAUAAUUUCAGCAAUUUUCCUAGUUUCAUUCUCACAAGUAUUUUACUUUGUGGGGAAAGACAUGGCUGCGAAGCAAAGGCUUAACUCAACAAAUCCAAACCAUUGUGCUAUCUCGGGAUAUACCAUUUACACAUAUAGUAGCUUUCCUGAGACAUUUAUUACAUUGUUUCGGGCUAGCAUGGGAGGUUAUGAUUACGAAGAGUUUGCAUGUGCCAACUAUCAAGCGCUGACAAAGACCUUAUUCGUUCUAUACAUGUUCGUUAUGCCAAUCAUGAUGAUAAACAUUCUCAUUGCAAUGAUGGGAAAUACGUAUACAACUGUCAUCGCUCAAGCAGAAAAGGCUUGGAGACAACAGUAUGCACAAAUCGUAAUGAAUUUGGAAAGAUCAGUGGAUAGAGAAAAGUUAGCUGCAAGUCAACUUGAGUAUAGUAUACGACUGAGUGAAGCAGAUCCCGGGCAAGAAGUGCGAGGCUUGAUGGUCAUUAAACAAACAAAGAAGACUAGAGCUCGGCAACGGAAACAGGCGAUUAAUAAUUGGAAAACAAUUGGAAGGAAAGUUAUUCAAACAAUUGAUAAAGUCGGUAAAGUACAAGCGAGUAUUCUUCUUCAUGUACACGAUCGUAUUUGUGAUGAGAGAGCAGAACGGUUUUACAGUCGAGCUCCUUCGAGAGUGUCUCACAGAGGAUCAACUCCAAGACCUGAAGUGAAAGUUAGCGAUACUUCCGGUGUAUCUAUAGGAACAACACUUCAUCCGUCCACAGCUGAAACUUUGAUGGUCUUACCUAUUGCUGAAAGACGAACGAGCAGAUCUCAUCGGGGCUCUCUAAAUGACGAACUUACUCGACCACGUGAAGGAUAUAACAGUCCGGUUCCCUUGCCAAGGCGCCACUCAACGAAAGAUGAUUCAUUUGAGCUACCAAAUAUUCCACCAACUGUGAAUCGUCGUUCGGAUUUUUUUCGAAAACGAAGAGAUUAG